UUGCAGUUUCCGGUGUCUCCCGCGGGCACUUCCGGUGAGGAUGCCGUACGCCAACCAGCCCACCGUCCGCAUCACCGAACUGAGCGACGAGAACGUCAAGUUUAUUGUGGAGAACACGGACCUCGCGAUUGCGAACUCCAUCCGCAGAGUGUUUAUAGCAGAGGUGCCCACAAUAGCCAUUGACUGGGUGCAGAUUGACGCCAACUCUUCGGUCCUCCAUGAUGAAUUCAUAGCGCAUCGAGUAGGUCUCAUUCCUCUCACUAGUGAUGAUGUAGUGGACAAACUGCAGUACUCUAGGGACUGCACCUGUGAAGAGUUUUGUCCGGAGUGCUCGGUUGAGUUUACAUUGGAUGUUCGAUGCCAGGAGGACCAGACUCGUCAUGUGACUUCUCGUGAUCUCAUCUCAAACAACCUGCGAGUUAUUCCGGUUACAUCUAGAAGCAGGGACAAUGACCCAAAUGACUACGUGGAGCAAGAUGAUAUUUUACUUGUCAAACUCCGGAAGGGCCAGGAGUUGCGACUCAGAGCUUAUGCCAAGAAGGGAUUUGGAAAGGAGCACGCCAAGUGGAACCCUACGGCUGGAGUGGCCUUUGAAUAUGAUCCUGACAAUGCUCUGAGGCAUACAGUUUACCCCAAACCUGAAGAAUGGCCAAAGAGUGAAUACUCUGAAAUUGAUGAAGAAGAGGCUGAGGCGCCGUAUGACCCCAAUGGAAAGCCCGAAAGAUUUUAUUAUAACGUGGAGUCCUGUGGCUCGCUGCGUCCUGAAACCAUCGUCCUGUCUGCUUUGUCCGGUCUGAAGAAGAAGCUCAGUGACCUUCAGACACAACUCAGCCAUGAAAUUCAGAGUGAUGUCCUCACUAUUAACUGA